AGGUCAAGGUGUUAAGAGCACUACUUUCACAUCACACAGCCUCUACAUGUGGGCGAGGAGUUGUUUGCGUGGGUAUUUAUUUGUGGCAUUUUGCAUAAACACACAUGCAUGACAUACAACAUGUGAACAGAAAUAUAAGCGAUGCAAAAGGGUGAAAAGUGUUUAAUCGACCAGUUCACCGCUCUUACAUACAUACAAACAUUUACAUAAUAAGCCACUGAGCAAGAUUUAAUAUUACACACUAUGUUGUUGUACUGAACUUAUUCCCUAUUUGUUGGCUUUUAACUAUUUUUCGCACUUUCAUACAGUCACACUCGCUCUCUCUCUCCUGCCCCUUAUUUCAUGUAAUGUGUGAACAAACGACGUCUUGCGGGGAACUUAAUACCUCGGUGACAAAUUGACAUUAAUCACCAUUGUUGCGAGAUGAUGUUGUUUGAAUCGACAACAAUGUUUGUUGCUGUCUUUAUCCGCUUUCCUGUUGAUUGAUCUAUUGGGUAGAGCUUAACACGCACUAUGGGAGCAGGCCUUUGUGAACGCAUUUGGAGAGCAUAUAAAGAGUUGCUGCCGCCGGCCAGUGGACAACAGUUAUCGCUGAUGGUUGCAAAGAGCUUGUACAUAGCUAUCGAACCAUUUUUCAAAUAUAAAAAUUACAAUUUGGCUUACACAGCGAGCCAUAAUACAAUUUCAAUUCUUGUGCUCCAGACACUGCACUCAGAGCUCUUCAAAUGGGUCGUCUAAGGAUUUUAACAUUGUUAUUAUGCGCAAUUUCUUACUAUGUGCUUUGCAGCAGUAAAUUCUUGGACAAAACCGGCUUUCAGCUAAACGAUUACCACAACGCCUAUCGACACUCUAUUGCCGCUCUUCGUCACACGCCAGAUGAUUUUCGAGGACCGUUGCGGGAGAAACGCUCACAGAAAUACGAGAAUUUCGUGCAGUAUCCCAGCAGAGAAGCCGAAAUUGCACCUCAUCUUGGCUUCGAUCGUAUACCUUUCAACGACUACAAUCGCAUAGUCAGCGCCCUAAAAGAAAUGCUGCGUACACGUGACGAAAAACCCGUAAUGUUGCGCCCCCGGCCAGGUCGACGUUCCGCAGCUGGGGAGGCUCCGCUUUGGCAAUACUUCAUAGAUGAAGCUGGCAACUUGAAUCUCGACACUGCUGAUACCGUGGCCAUCGUGGGCGAUGAGGACGACACGCUAACGGACACAUCAUUGAAGAAGUCGGCGCCUUUCAAGCCUCGACUGGGGAAACGGGGCGAAGUCCUAAAAUGCCAGUGAAUCGUUCGUGGCGUUGCAGCACUUGCGCGCAUCGAGGUGUUGGCGGAUGAGUGCUGAGUAGGCGGUGUGUUAGUUGGUAGUGCGUUGCCGGUGUGGUUCGCGUGUUGCAUAACACAUCCGUUGGCAUAUCUGGAUAUGUAAAUAUUUUUUGUUUGCUUUGAUUGGUGCACAUUGCGGUUCAGCGGCUGUGUGGUCCUAACGGUUUUGCUGGUUUGUCAAGGCUUUCGUUGGCGACCAACAAUAGCAAAUUUCACCUAACCCCCACACACACAUAUACUUACCACAUACGAAUAUUAAAUUACGUUCGAAAAUUACAACGAAAAUAUGAAGAAAACCCAAAAAAUGUUGAUAGAUGCCAAUAAUAUUAAAAAGGCAAAUAUUUUGGGUGAUAAUUUGGAGCAAUUUCCCGGUUUUGUGGUUAAUUAAAAUUUUCGCUUGAUCUUUAUUGUGAAUUUUGACCGAAGCCUCUAAAAUAUGUAUGCAUGUUAACUAGAAUAUGAAUAUUUAAUAUAAUAAAUACAUCAAAACAAAAACCAACGAAUUUAAAUGUUUACACAUACACACGAAUAAUCCAUCAAAAAGAAUAAAAUGCCUAUAUAUGUAUAUGU